AUGGAUAUAAAAACACUUCUAAACACAAAUGAUGAACGUCGCGGACUUACCAGUCCAUCCCUUUCAAGCACAACAAACGAAUCAAUUACUGAUUCGGAACCAAUCGUAGAUAAUGACCGCCCAUAUGAAUGUUCUUGGCCUGCUUGCGUGAAGGCCUUUUCACGUAGGUCCGACCUUGCUCGACAUCGACGAAUCCAUACAGGAGAAAGACCAUAUCAUUGUGAUUGGCAAGGAUGUGGCAAACAAUUCAUACAACGCUCUGCUUUGACAGUUCAUUUCCGAACCCACACAGGCGAAAGACCACAUAUUUGUGAAUAUCCAAAUUGUAGCAAUCUUCAUCAUUGGCCAGACAUAGAAGGACACAUACAGGCAAAAGACCUUAUGUUUGUUCACACUCUGGGUGCGGGAAGACAUUUACAAGACGAACAACUCUCACAAGACAUCAAAGAUCUCAUGAUCCCCAUUGGAAGGAGUAUAAUACGUGUAGCAUUUGAACCACGUAAACAACCAAAUUCUAUCCCUAUCACAAUGUCCCGCGGAUGUAAUGCUCAAAGCUACGGACCUCCAAGCCCUCCAAGUCCUCCUACACCCACUGAUAGUCAUAAGCCAGAAAUGUCUGUAGAUUAUCCUUAUCAACAUCAAUAUCCUUUGAUCGGCAAUUAUGUUCUUCCGGCCAUUAAUUGCUUAUAUUUACAACAGCCAAUGGAAACCAGUUUAACAUCCAGCACCCGUAUUACCGCAUUCAAGAAAGUCGUUAAAGAAAACAACAAUGAUUCAUACAAGUUCGGCUAUCCAUCUCCCGUUGAGGCUCCAUUGUCAUUACCUUCCACUCAUGACGAACGUGAUUUAUAUUAUGCCUCCUCCAUAAGAAUGACUUAUUAA